AUGUCAUCCACAAAGACUAUCGCCUUCUUCGGCGCCUCAGGCGGCUGCGGCCUCGCGGCCCUCAAACACGCCCUGGCCGCCGGGCACACCUGCAUCGCGCUCUGCCGCAACCCAGGCAGACUCACAGACGCACUCCCCGAAGCGCAGAACCCGAAUCUCGUGGUGAGGCAGGGCAACGCGCAUAACACGGACGACGUCGCCGCGUGUCUCGCCAACCCCGCCGACGCGGGCCGUCUCGUCGACGCCGUGAGCUUCAGCAUCGGCAGCCCGUUGAACCUCGCCAAGAUGACGGUUGAAGACCCGGACGUGUGCAAGAACGGCAUUUCGGCGGUGUUAAGCGCGCUGGAGCGGCUGCGGACCGGCGGCGUGGUGGUGGGGAAGCCGCGGCUGGUGGUCGUUUCGACAACGGGCAUUUCUGAUUUCCAGCGCGACGUGCCGCUGCUGCAGGUGCCGAUGUAUCAUAUCCUUCUCAAGGCGCCGCACGCCGAUAAGAAGGUUAUGGAGGAGAAGUUGAUCGCGAGCGGGGAGGACUGGACGUUUAUCCGGCCGGCGUUCCUUUGCGACGGGGCGGUGCCGACGAGGAAGAUCCGGGUCGGUGUCGAGGACCCCAAGACCGGCGUCGCUAGUAGCGCCGUCGGGUACGGCAUUUCUAGGGAGGACGUGGGUAGGUGGAUCUUUGAGAAUGUGCUGAGCACGGGAGGGCCCGAGUAUGUCAGGAAGGCCGUGUCUAUUACAUGGUAG